AUGGGAUUUGGAGACCUGGGCACCUGUGUUUGGGGCCGCCAAGGCGGCAAAGUCCUGGUGUUGGCACCCUCCAUUCCGGUGGCCAUUUGUGUCAUUCGAGGUGCAGCACACCUCCAUGGUUUGACCUUCGAUACCCCACUGGGGCGACCUGCAUCAGAGGGCAGUGACACAGGUACGACGCAAGGAAUGCCAGUGCUGGGUCUCAGUCACGAGGGUCUCAUCGAUGCGGACCAGAGCGGUUACGCCACGGGGCUCACUGGCGCUGCCUUUCGUGGAUGGAUCAAGGAAAAACUUUUGAAUGCCAUCCAAGAGCUCUCACUCGGCAUGGUUCUGUGCAUACCACCAGCCAUCUUGAACCAUCAGGACAACUUGGCAGUUCUUCAUGAAGCUUUUGCGCAGGAAGGGCCGCCACCCCACUGGUACUCUGAGCGGGAGGCAAAGGAAUGUGAAGAUGCCAUUGCAGCUCUGCCGUCGGAAGCAAGGCUUCUGGCCUAUCUGGCCUUGGAGGAUGAGGAAGGGGAGACACCUGCUACACUGGAUGUUUUUUGGGCUGAGGUGUCAGUCUUUAUGCCCUUUCAAACUGAAUUGCACAAGCUCAGCUACGCCCGGUGUCGCAAGCAGAGGCCCAUGAUCAUCAUUAUCAUCCCCAUCCCGGAUCAGGAUCUCCUGUGGCCAGUGUACGGUUUCUACCUUGGAUACUUCCUGUCCUCAAUUCCUCCAAAUGGCCGUGCUACACAUGUCACCACCCAGCGUCGAUGCCUACAGUGCAGCGGCAAAGAUGUCCAGCUUCAUUUCCACCCCGUGGCUGCCGUGGCUGCCGUGGCUGCCGUUCAGGAGACAUGGCAACCUGCAUCACCUUUUAAAGCAGACUUGGAGCAAGCCACCUUGGCAGAGGCAGCUGCAGAGCUAGUUCGAGUGGCACACUUUGUCGCCAAAGAACCUCCAGCAGGAAUGGCACCACGGUUCAUUCGAUCCACCCAGGUGCCUGGUCUGGGGGUCUUGGACCCAACCCUACCGGCACACAGCUCCGCAUGGAAUGGAGAGGCGGUGCAGAGUGGAUUGCUUCCAGCCCUUGGUGGACUUGGUGAUGUAGGUGAAAUCUUGUCCUUGGCACAAGGGCUAUGCCGCUUCAAAGGUCAAGAAUUAGCUCGUCAGUACACCAGACACAAGGACGCACACAAUUUGCUAGAGGACUUGCAAAAGAGUGCUGCCUCCUCCAACGCCAGCAAACUCCAGCAGCAACUGGCGGAGAUCACCCGGCGCUUCAACGAGGCGCAAGAAGAAUAUGAAGAGAAGAAAGCUGAGCAUGCAGAGAGCCAAAAGGAAUUCACGGAGCUGUUGGAUGAGGUGGUGAAUCGUUGCACGCAAAAGGCCAAUGCAGUGGAGGCUGCGGAGGAGUUGGUGACAAAGGCAAAAUCGGAGGUGGAGAGUGGACGAUUUCAAUUGUUGAACUUCAGCAAGCAGGAUGGCGUUGAGUUGCGAAAGGCUGUGCAUCAACACUGCACCAAUGACGAGUCUGGGUCUCUCAGCGGUGGGAUUGAGAUGAUUGAGCAGGAUCCACCCAGGCGAACGCCCAUCUUGGCGCUCAUGGAACUGUGUUGCAUGUUGAUGAGGGUCUCCUCCACCCCAACUCGCGAUGAAGUGCGCACGACUCUCUCCGAGCCCAACUUUGCCACCAAAAUGGCGGCCACCUGUGCUGUGGAUGCCGAAACCUUCUCGGAGGCCUUCGUGCAGCCAAUGAAAGAAGCCGCUGCCGUCGCGGAUGGCAUGGACACCAUGGAUGUCAAGGCCUUGAGUGUGCUGGCAAAUGUGGCUCUGCCAGCCUGUCAAUAUACCGUGACUGUGCUGCAGCUGCCGAAGCUCCGCGAAGAGUUGCGUGACUUGGAAGAGCAGCGAGAACAACGUCGCCCAGAGGUGGAGGACAUGGAGCUGCAAACGCGACUUCUCUUUGAAGAUGCUGAACUGAGGAAGGCCACCUGA